GAAACAAAAUCCGCGCACUUAAACCUUUCAACUCCGGGACCACAUCACUACCAAAAAGUUCAGGCAGCAUGAAUUUCUGGAAGCCCAAAUCCCCGCCGUCACCGUCUCCGCCACUCACCAAUUCACCUUCAACGCCACCCUUUCACCUCCUCCUCCACCAAGCCUUCACCUCUCUCCAGACCAACGUCUUUAAUUUCCUCCAAAAUGCCCUUCCUCGCCCUCCUUCUCCUCCUCCUAACAAAUCCCCGGCAUGGGCUCGUCUUUCCAACUCCGGUAGCAGCCUCAACGGAGGCGCCUCUGGUUCUCCCGCUGGAAUGGGCGGCGGUGGUCGGAGUAGUGAGGGAGUCGGUGCUACGCCUACGAUAGCAUUUGAGGAGCGAUUUACGGGAGUUCCAGUCUACGCCCUCAGCAAUCGUAGUCAAGAAUUCGUUUUAGUUUCUGCGGGGAAUAGCAAAGCAAGUCUCGGUUUGUUUUGCUUUGGUGAAGCGGAUGCCAAAGCUCUCCUUCACCAAAUGGAGUGCAUGGAUCCUUCUUUGCACAAUAGUUAUCAAGUGGUACCCGUGGCACUCAAAGAGGUGAUCCAGCUUAAAGUAGAUGGGAUGGCUUUUAGGUUGAUUCCCGAGGCAUCCCAAGUAACGAAUGCAAUUAAGGAGCGUCAAAGAAGUGGUAUAUCUGAUAAUACGUUUACUGGGGUUCCAGUUUUCCAGUCAGAAAGCUUAGUCUUGAGGGGAGAAAACACAAGAUAUCGUCCACUUUUCUUUAGAAAGGAGGAUCUUGAGAAGUUUCUUUCUAGAGCUUCCAAGGAGCAGAAUGUAUUCAAUCCUGCAUUGAAGGGAGAUAUUCAGGUUGCUGCUCUUGAGGAUAUAAUACAAGGGAUGAAGGACAGCUCAAUAUCAACAUGGAAUGAUGUUGUUUUCAUCCCUCCUGGUUUUGACGUUUCCACCACUUCUCCCCCAAGGUAACCUGACCUUUGCCUGCGCUCCGUUUUGGCACCUCUUGGAAAGAAGUCAAGAACACAGUCAUCUUUUACGUUGAAGUAGGACAACUACUAGUUUAGUAGCAGUGUUUCCUAUCUCUGCUCUUCACAUAGAGUAUCAUUUUUAUCUUCUCAAAUCUCAAAUUGGUUUGACAUUUGUAAAGUAAUUAUGUUGGUAAGUUCAUAUAUGUCAAUGAGAUUAUUGAUUUUGAUGAAUGAUAGUGAAAUGUCGCUGCAAAAUGCAAAUUGAUGGUUACUGUUGCUUGUUUCUUG